UAAGUCUUAUAAAAUCGGAUGGCUUGAGUGAAAGUCUGUCAUUCACUCCUGAAGCAAUGUCAAAUAUCAGUCGAACACCUCUGGGUGAGGCUCACCUAUGAGCACCCACCCCACACUGGGCUCUCGGAAGCAUGCCCACUCGACCAUGUUCUCUGGUGUCCUAGCAACCAGAAACUUAGAUCUGAGCUCUGACAAGGAGAGAGGCCAUUCCUUGCUGACUGGAGUGACUUGCCACCCUGAGCCUCUCUGGACCUAUCUUUGUAGCAGUUCAAAUAAUUGAAGGCUACCAAUUGUCCCAAGGAUACCCAGGAGCCUUGCCACAUCAACCCAUCCCCUGGCAGGAUGAGUUUCUCGGUCACAUUCUCGGAGCUGGCCAACAUAGCCAUACCACAGUGUGGGGUGGUGAACUUCAAGGCCCUUCAUCUCCUGAUCCAGGGCAUCCUGGAGCACAUCCAAAUCGCUGGGCUCAAGAAAGUACUUUCAGGGGAAGAGGAUUUCCUUCAGACCUCACAGGUGGUGAUCAUGCCCAGGGAGGGAGAUGCCCAGCCCAUCGUCAACCCCAUGAAGAGGCUCAGCAACAUCUUUGACCACGUGGUAGACCGCAUCAACAAGAUAGAGGGCCAAAUGUCUGUGAUGCAGACCAUGCCCUCUACCACACAGCUGCUGGAGGCCAGCCAAGGGGUGAACAGGCCAGCUGAGGAAAUGUGGACUAUGAUCAAGCUCCUCAAGAGGGUGGAGGGCAAUGAGGAAGCCAUAGCAAAGUUUAUGAAGACCCUGCAAGAUUUGCUCAUUGACCUCCGUGUACUCAAGACCACUGUUGAAGCCCUCCAGAAGGAUGUGGACCUGAUGAAGUACAUAUUUGAAAAGGUAAACCCGGAAAGAAUGGAGCUUGUCUGUGAAGACUUGAAAGUACAGAACCGGAAGUUGGGUGCCCUGCAGCGGGAAGUGGUUACCCUCCAAAACAAGGUUCAUGCCAUCCCCCAACCUGAAGACAUGGUGCUCUGGAGUAGCCUCCAUGAGGCCAUGUUCACUCCGGAAUCUAAGCUGGAAGUGGAUCCAUCCAACACGUGGCAGAGCAUGACCUCUCUUCCAGAGUCUACCGUGGGGCAGUUUGAGGAUGAAGGCCACACUCAUAUCUCACACCCCAUGCACAGGGCCACUCCUUUGCAGGCCAUCAUGCAUUUUGAAACCACAGGUGUCCUUGAGGAGGAGGAGUUCACCCAGGCCCUUGAGUUUAGUGGCCCCCAGGGGCUAGAGCAGGCUCAAGUCUCCGUGACUGAGUCUGUCCCUGGCUCUGCAUUUGUGCCUGAGCAUGUACUAGGGCCUAGAACCCAGAAGCUCUCAGAUCUUGAAGAAAGAGGGGAUGAAUAUGAAUAUGAGUAUAUAGAAGAGACCCCUAAGGAUGAGGCUCCCCAGGAUGGGAUUCCCACGGAAAAGGCUCCCCAGGAUGGGAUUCCCACGGAAAAGUCUUCCCAGGAUGGGAUUCUCACAGAAAAGUCUUCCCAGGAUGAGAUUCCCACGGAAAAGACUUCUCAGGAGGAGAUUUCAAAGGAAGGGGUGCCCCAGGGUGGGAUUCCCAAGGAUAGAAUGCCCUACCACAGAGCCUCCAAGGAUGGAGCUCCCAAGUACAGAGCCCCCAAAGAUGAGGGCCCCCAAGACAGAGCCCCAAAAGAUGAGGUUCCCCAAGACAUAGCUCCCAAGGACAUGGUCCACAAAGAUAGGACACAGAAGGACAAGACCCCAGCAGCACACUCUAAGGGUCCUCAAUCAGCCCUAAAGAAGCUGAGGUCUGUUGUUGCAGUAGCUGCAGCAACUGCUGCAGCCUAUGCAUCUGCAGCAAACACAGCUGCCCAGACAGCCAAAGCUGCUGCCAAGGCAGUCAAAGAUGUUCCUACAACCAAAAUGGCUGGGCCUUCAGGGGCUUUUACAGAUUUCCUGGGUGCAGGAGCUAGCCAUGGGGCCACCAACAUCACACCUUUCAGUGAUGAAGACCUGGAAGACUUCCUUGAAGAGCUGAUGCCAGCUGUUCACCCCAUCACACCAAAAACAGUUGUGUCCCAGAACAUGGUGACUGCCGUGCAGGCUAUGAGUCCCGAAGAGAAGAAGAAGGCUGUCCAGUACUCUAUGAGCCAUAUAGCCCAGAUGCCUGUCAGGCAUGACUCCCUCAAAGAGGAGUUUUCUCAUCUAUCAAACAUCCUGCACCAGCGCUUAAAUUACCUAGCUAACAUGGGAGGUUCUGGCAAGCUUGGUAACGCCGUGAGUGUGCUAGAGGAAAAGAUUUGUAACCUCCAGAAAUCUAGGCUACAGGAAGAAGAACUUGAGAGAAUUUGGGGCCACCAGAUAGAGACAAUGAAGAGUCACUACAUGGUGCUGGACAGGACAGUGGAAAAGCUCCAGAUUCGCAUGGAUAGCUUCAAGACCCUCAAGGCUGAAAUCCAAAGGCUGGAUCUGAUUAAAGCAGAUAAAACCAUGAUGGAUCAGGAGCUAAAAGAAAAAGCUGACAGGGACGCCUUGGCAAGCAAGGCAAGCCGGACGGACCUGGAAGUGGUGGCAAUGGAGCUGAAUGAGAUGGUUCAGAGCAUGCUCUUGAAGAUCACGACCCAUGAGUGUGACUGGAAGAAGUCACUGAAGCACCUCAGAAAGGACGUGAACACCAAGCUAGUCCACAGUGAUCUGAAUAGCCUGAAGAGGGAUAUAGAAGAGGUCUGGAAGAUAGUUCGAAAGCUGCUGAUAGAAGGCCUGCGAUUCGACCCUGACAGCGCUGCAGGCUUUAAGAAGAAACUGUUUGAGCGGGUGAAGUGCAUCUCCUGUGAUCGGCCUGUAGAGAUGAUGACUGGCCCACAGCUGAUCACCAUCCGCAAUACUCAAGGGCUGCCACGAGUGAGGCCAGCCAGUGCCAAUAGCUUUGAGUAUCUGCAGCGGCAGCUAAUGAGGGAACAUCAGCAGCUGCAUUUCCAGAACUUUGGAGUCCAUGAGGAGGGUCUAGGCUCCCAGAAAGACUGGGGUGAUGGACCCCGAAAUGAGGCUACCUUCAAGCACAAGUCACAUGACCUGUCAACAAUCUACCCUUAUGGGGACCCUGAAAUGAUGGACUAUGACACUGCUGAGGUGGACAUCCUGGGAGUGGAUGGGGUCCUGUACAAAGGCCGAAUGAACAACCAGUUUGGGACUAGGAUUGGGGAGAAGGACCUUGCAGCUGUGAAGGUUUCGUAUCCUUCAGUUCAAAACCCGAAUGAUCGUGUGCGCCCUGGGCCCUUAUUUACUCCAGGCUACCCCCCCUUGGGCCCCCGCACCAGCAUCAGCUCUGCGGCCACCUCUCUACAUUCUGCCACAACAGUGGCUCGGCCACCAUCCCUGCCACCAGUGCCGCAGCUACCACCACUGAUGCCACACUCCAGGGAUCUGCAGGAGGCCCCUGGAUCCACCAGACACUUGAAAUCUCUGCGGCUGGAGUCCCUGCCCAGCACACAGGUUUCAGAGGAGCACAUCCACCUGUGAGACACAAGUCUGUGACCCAAAUACUUUGGGGUCCCCUUCACUCUAAGGAAGAGACCUGGGGCCCUGGAUCAGACCUAGAAAAGGGUGCAGGGACCCUGGAUAUAGGGGGAAGGGUCUGCAUAUGGGACCCAUGUUGACUCAGUGUUUAAUUAUGUAUCUAAAAUACAAACCACACAAUCCUUGGCCAACAUUUUCAUUAAUAA